AUGAAGAAGGAGAAUGGGAAGAAGGAGGAGGAGGAGAAAGAAGAGAACUGGAAGAUAUUCAAGAUGGGGAUGGAGAUGCAGGUGAAGAAGAUGAAGGCUCUGACCUGGACCAAGACCCUGAGUGGAGCUGGUGCAUUGCCCUCAGGCUCACACUCCAUGAGGUAUUUCGUAACCACCACCGCAUCUGUAAAGGGUCUCCGAGAUCCCCAAGUCUUUAUCGUUGGCUUUGUGGACGACACUCAAUUCCUGCGCUUCGACAGUGAAGCAGCUACUAAAGUGGAGCCCCGCGUGCCUUGGGCGAAGCAGAUGGGGGCCAGUUAUUGGAAGUGGGAGAGAAAGGGUAUGGAACAUUAUUCACACACGGCCAGAGAAAACCUACGAUUUGCACUCCAGAUCUAUAACCAGAGCGAUGACGGCUCUCAUACCUUCCAGUGUUUGAUUGGUUGUGACGUGAGUCCUGACAGACUCUUCCUCCGCGGGCACAACAGACACGGCUUUGAUGGCCGCGAUUACAUCAGCCUGAACGAGGACCUGAGAACUUGGAGUGUGGCCGACAACACAGCUCAGAUUACCCAGCGAGAGUGGGAGGCAAAAAAAGUAGCAGAACACUGGAGGAUCUUCUUUGAGGGCUGGUGCUUUGCUUGGCUACUCUGGCACCUGGAGCUAGGGAAGGAGAUUCUGCAGCGCUCAGAUCCUCCCAGGGCACAUGUAACCCGUCACCCUAGACCUGAAGGUGAUGUCACCUUGAAGUGCUGGGCCCUUGGAUUCUACCCAGCUGAGAUCACCCUGUCCUGGCAGAGGGAUGGGAGAAACCAGAAUCUGGACGUAGAGGCGAUACAGACCAGACCUGCAGGAGAUGGCACCUUCCAGAAGUGGGCAGCUGUGGUGGUGCCUCCUGGGGAGGAGCAGAGAUACACAUGUCAUGUGGAUCAUGAGGGGCUGCCUGAGCCCCUCACCCUGAGAUGGGAGCCCCCUCAUUGGCCCACAAUUGGAAUGAUUGUUGGUGUGGUUCUCCUUGGAGUUGUGGUCACUGGAGCUGUGGCUGCCAUUGUGAUGAGGAGGAGGAAACGUGCAGCAUCUCACACUGUAUCCCGCCCUGGCUUGGAACUCACUAUGUAGCUGUGAUGGCUGAGCCUCAUUGUCAACUUGACUGGACUUAGAAUCUCCUGGGAGAUUCAGUUCUGGUCACACAUGUAAGAGUGUUUCCUGGUGUUAAGGAUGGAAGGCUCACCCUGAGCCAAUGAUAAAAGCAAGCACAGGAGAAACUCAGGUCUCUUUAUGUUCUAUGUCCUGAUCUACUGAAGUUUGAAGAAGCCCAGCCACAUGCCCCUGCUGCCACCUACUCCACCAUGCCUUAUGUUGAGAUUGACUGUACCCUCUUAAAUCAUGGAACAGAAUAAAUCUUUCUUCCUUUAAA